CCAAUUUCUGCACAUCACAGUGGACCAAACAUUCAAUGUGGCAAAGCAAGGAGAACUGAAAAAAAUAAAAAUUAAUCUCUAUCAGUAGGCAAAAGGUGAAAGUCAGAAGCUUUACAUUUGGACCAGAACCUGAAGAGAGAGGCAGCAGUUUUGAACCAUGGAAGAUUGCUUCAGGAAAAUACAAGGUCUGUAUUUUUUGCUCUUGUUCACUGUGUCUGGAGUAUUCUGUGUCUCCAUCCGUUAUUCUGUGCCUGAAGAGAAGAAAACUGGGUCUUUGGUGGCUAAUGUAUUGAAGGAUUUGCAACUGGGAUUAGGGGAGUUGACUGUUCGGAAAGCCCAGCUUGUUUGUAAAAGCAAUAAGCAAUAUUUCCACCUUGAUACUCGCUCUGGGGAUCUCUUAAUAAAUGAAAAAAUAGACCGAGAAGUAUUAUGUGGCCAGAGUCAGCAAUGCUUAGUAUUGUCUGAAAUUGUGCUUCAAAAUCCCUUAAAAAUUUACAGUAUUGAAAUGAAAAUAGAAGAUGUGAAUGACAAUGCUCCCAAAUUCUCUAAAAAUGAACUUCAGCUGCAAAUGCCUGAGAAUGUUCCCAUUAAUUCUCAAUUCCCCAUGGAAUCUGCAAAAGAUCAGGACCUGGGAGAAAACAGCAUUCAAAACUAUACACUCAGUCCCAAUGAGCACUUUCACUUGAUUGUAGAAAGCAAUAUAGAUGGAAGAAAGUAUGUGAAUCUCAUUCUGGAGAAACCACUAGAUAGGGAGAAGGAGUCACACUUUAGACUGAUACUUCAAGCUAUUGAUGGAGGGGUGCCCCAGAGAACAGGAACACUUCAAAUAAAGAUUAACGCCCUGGAUGUCAAUGAUAAUUCUCCUCAGUUCUCUCAGGCUCAAUAUAAAGUAAAAUUAAAAGAAAACAGCCUCCAGGGUACUCUGGUCUCGAAAGUUGAAGCUAGAGAUUUAGAUUUGGGUUCAAAUGCAGAUAUCACUUAUUCUUUUAAUCAAGUCCCUGAAAAUAUAUACAACUUAUUCAAUUUAAAUGAAAGGACUGGCGAAAUAACAGUUUUGGGGCAGAUUGAUUAUGAAAAAGAAAACAGUUAUGAAAUGAACAUCAAAGCAACAGAUGGAGGAGAUCUUUCAGGGCACUGCAAUGUCCUGGUGGAGGUUGAGGAUGUGAAUGACAAUCCCCCAGAAGUGACCAUCAUUUCCGUCAAUAGUCCUAUACCGGAGGAUUCUCCCCUGGAAACACUUGUAGCUCUCAUCAGUAUCAGGGACCAGGAUACUGGAGACAAUGGCAGAACUGUCUGUUCAUUAGCCAUCAAUCUGCCCUUUGUGUUAAAAGCAACAGUGAAUGACUAUUAUCAGCUUGUGAUUCAAAGUCCUCUGGACAGAGAGAAGGUUAGAGAAUAUAAUGUCACCAUCACUGCCACGGAUAGGGGCUCCCCAAGGCUCACUUCUACAAGAAUAAUUAAUAUUCAAAUCUCAGAUGUAAAUGACAAUCCACCAGUAUUUGAAAAGACUUUAUAUGAAAUGCAGAUAUGGGAAAAUAAUAUUCCAGGUCUACUGAUUGGCACAAUCCAUGCUGUUGAUCGGGACACAGAUAAGAAUGCUAAAGUGAGCUAUCAUCUUUUGCCUUGGAAGACUGAUGGCAUCCUUCUGAGUUCUUACAUCUCAGUCAACUCAGAAACUGGAAAUUUGUAUGCUCUCAGAUCUCUGGAUUAUGAACAGAUCAAAGACUUCCAAGUCACAGUGAGGGCGAUGGACGGUGGGACUCCUCCACUGAGUGCAGAAGUGAUUGUCAAAGUCUCCGUCCUGGAUGAAAAUGACAAUGCUCCUUUCUUCCUGUACCCCCUUCAGAACAGCACAAGCCCCUGCAAUGAGCUACUUCCCAAGACAGCAGAGGCUGGUUACUUGGUGACCAAAGUGGUGGCCGUGGAUGGAGAUUCUGGCCAGAACUCCUGGCUCUCCUAUGAACUGCUGAAAGCCACCGACCCCACUCUUUUCAGCAUAGGAGCCCAGAAUGGAGAGGUGAAAACCAGGAGGCCCCUGAGUGAGCGAGACGGAAGCAAACAGAGACUUAUCAUCCUAGUUAAAGACAAUGGGGUUCCUCCACAAACCAGCACUGCAAUGCUCCACAUCCUUCCAGUGGAUGGGUUUUCUGAUCCUUAUAUGAAGAUGGUGGAUGUCAGGCAACAAGAUCCAGAAGAAGAGGAGGAAACCUUAACAAUGUAUUUGGUGAUCUGCUUGGCUGCAGUCUCAGCUCUAUUUUUAAUAUCUGUUGUUUCUUUUGUUGUUAUCAAAAUCUACAAGAAAGGCACCAGGGAAUGUUUCGUGGCUGCACCUCCCCAUUUCCCUCCUACUCGACCUGAUAUUCCAGAAGGCUGUUCCGAUUCUCAGAGUGGGUCCCUUUCCAGGAAUUAUCACUAUGAUGUUUGUUUAACCGGUGGAUCAUUAAGCAGUGAGUUCCGAUUCCUCCGGCCAUUCAUACCUGUUUUUUCUAUGGGAGAACCAAUCAUCCCUGUGAACCCCAAGACCUCUUCUGGUUCCGAAAACCUUCAGGAACAUUUGGAAAUCAGUCAGUCAGUGGAACAGGUGAGAGACUAA